AAGUUCUUUAAGGGCUGUAAUCCAAAGCCAGCUGAGCAAGUUGAAGCUGUGUGCAGGUUGACAGGAAGCGACAUGCAGAUUCCAUUCUGCACAGCACAGACGAUGGACCACACAGCCAAACAUCCAGAUGAUGCCCUCCAGUAAAUACAGGCUGGGUGACAGGAGCCUGAGGAAGGAUGGGAACUUUUCUGGCUGAUUUGUUUCUACUCUUGUUGAUUUCUACUGGACACGUUUCUGCAGUUUCUUUCUUUGGAGAUGGCUACAUUCACCUGCGCACGGUUGAGAAAUCCAUUCAGACGGUGAUCCACGUGCGGUUUCGCACAUCCAGUCAGAUGGGACUGCUGUUUUUGGCAGCAGGAAACAAAGACUUCUUGCUUUUGGAGCUGAUCUCUGGGCGUUUGCAGGUACGACUGGACCUGGGUUCAGGUGAACGCUCGCUUCGCUCAGCAAGGGGCCUUCACCUCAGCGAUCUGGAAUGGCACACGGUCCAGCUGAACCACACACAGAACAACAUCGUCCUGACCGUGGACCAACAUUCUCCCUCAAAUCUUCGCAUGCCAGGGCCAGAUCUGGAACUUAACAUUGAAGAAGGUGUCCUGGUUGGCGGGACAGCUGGGUUGAACCAAUCAUACCUUGGUAUCUCAAAUGGGUUUAGGGGUUGCAUGGAUAAAGUUGUCUUCAACGACCGUGAUCUACUGUCUAAUCUUCAGCUGUAUUCUGGGUACAAGAGUACCCAUGAAGUAUUGAUGGGCUGUAGUUCACAGUUUUCUGCUACGGAAGAAGAUCCUAUCGGGUUUUCCAGCUCCAAAGCCUUCAUCUCUCUACCGCCAUGGGAAGUACUUCAAGAGGGGGUGUUUGAAUGCGAUCUGCACCCUUCUGCAAAAGCAGAAAGUGGCGUGGUUCUGUAUAGCUCUGGCUAUGAAGGAGGAUUUGUAGCCAUUGAAAUCAGGGACGGUCAUCUGGUGAUUUCGGUAGGAAAUGGAAAAGGGAGCAAAACCGAGCUGCACUCUCUUACAAAUGUCCACAGCAAUCACACCUGGUAUCCCAUCCAGCUGUACCUACUGCCCCACAGCAUCCAGCUGAAAAUAGACAAGGAGUUGGUUAAGGCCAGCCUGAGCCAGGAGCUUAAAGUCAUUCCGCUCAAAGGACCUCUCUUCCUAGGAGGUUUAAAUGAAAAAGCUAUGGUAGAGGCAAAUGGUUCAGGAAUGUCUUCUGUUGCAUCUGGGGGAGCCUCUUUCACUGGAUGCCUCAAAAACAUUAAGGUAAACAACAAAAGAACAGGUCUACCUCAAGCCACGAUCUCCAAAGAUGUCAAUGUGGGCUGCAAACAAAAUCAAGAACCAAUAUCUGUGACAUCCAAACCAACAAGUCCUCCAGAGUUGGACCUCACAACACAGACAGAUUCUAAAAAAAGGAGGCCUAACUUCCUGUGGCUAAGAAAACUGGAGCUAGCUGAAGGUGGCCGGGCACCCCUGGAACCUAAGCAUAUGAAGGUAAACCUGGACUUUCGAAAACUGGGCAUCCAUCCUUCUCAGUUAAAGUUCCGCAUUGAAGAGCUGCCUGUUCAUGGCCAUCUCCAGAUGGACGUAGUUCAGGACGGGAUGCUAAAUAAAGGGCAGCAUAGGAAUAUAACAGUGGGAGGAGAGGAAAAAGACCAGACGUUCACCAUGCUGGAUCUAUGGCAGGGGCGCGUCACAUACACUCACGACGGUUCAGAGGAGCGCAAUGACUCCUUCACGUUUUCAGUCUUUGCCAGUAACGACAAAGAGGUUCCUGGUUUUCUAAAAGGCAAAGAACUCUACCGGUUUGACAUCAGCAUCAGUCCGGUCAACGAUGCUCCUAUUCUUAGCCUGCCUGAGGGAAACAUUUUUACAGUGAUAGAAAAGUCCAAACGACAGCUGACAACGGAGUUGCUAAGAGUGUCAGACCCUGACAGCAGUCCUGAAGAGCUGCUGUUCAGCUCCAUGGGUAACCUUAACCCUGAGGCUGGCUACCUCGAGCACGAGGGAAACCUUGGCAGGCCCAUCAACUUAUUCUCUCUCGGUGAUCUAGAGGAGGGUAAGAUCAGUUAUGUUCACACAGGAGUUCUUGCCUCCAGGCUGGCAUUGAGGGUCAGUGAUGGCCACAAGGUGAGCAACACAGUAGUUUUGAGGGUCAUGGCCGUGGCACUUGAACACAAACUGGUGAAUAACACGGGAAUCGAGCUGAACCAAGGCGAGGCUUGUAUUAUUACCAACCGUCACCUUGCAGUACAAGUGAACGUGGCGGAUAACACAGUGGACAUCUGGUACGAUGUCGUUGAAUUGCCAGAAUAUGGUGAGAUCCAGAGGUUACACUCCAAUGGGGACUGGAAGUCCACAACAUCUUUUUCCCAAAGACUCCUCGAUAAGGAGCGAAUCCGAUACCUCAGCACUUACAACGGCCUCCAGGCUCAAAGCAACAUCACGGACCACUUUAAGUGUAAAAUUGUUAUUAAUUCCCAGGCUAAAGGAGAUGUUGUUUUCCCCAUUGUGAUCAACUGGAUUCACUUAAAGGUAACACGUAGCAAGAUGGAGGUCAAUGGGCUUCAGACUGCUGUGUUGACUCCUGAGGACCUUCAUGUGGUUUCUAAAGGCACUAAAUUCAGUGAGAGUGAACUGUACUUCAGGCUCCUGACACUACCAAAGAAAGGGCAGCUCUUCUUCAAUGGGAAACCUUUGCAAAGGAGCUCAACCUUCAGCCAGAAGAAUGUCACAGAUGGUUUGGUUAAGUAUGCCCUUUUCAACAGGUUGCAUGACGAUACGAGAGACACGUUUGGCUUUCAAGUGUUUUCUGCACACGCUGCCUCAAUGAUGCACGACUUCAGGAUCAACAUUAAAGCCGAGUCAUCCGCUGUCACCGUUGUAAAUAAAGGCUUCUCGACUCUGGAAGGAGCAAGUAAAGUUAUACCCAAGGAUCUCCUAUUUACUCACGUUGCAAACAAUCGAGAAGUCCACUACACGAUUACGACAACUCCCCGGCAUGGCCAACUAAGGAAGAUCAACCUCUCAAACUCAACUUCAAUCAAUGACAACAUUGUCACUUUCACCAAUCAGGACAUCAUUCAGGAGAGAAUCAUGUACGUCCACGAUGACAGUGAGACAAAGCAGGAUUCCUUCACAUUCCAAGUUGUGGUUCACAAACCACACAAGCACACAAACAAGGAGGACAGACACACGACAGAGCACACCUUUAACAUCUCCAUACAACUUGUCAAUGAUCAGAAACCUGUCAGGGUCGUUGAUAAAGUUUUCCACGUGGCUCGUGAUGGUCAAAGACUGGUGACACUGGAAGAUCUUCGAUAUCACGACGACGACACAGAUUUUGACGACAGUUGGUUAGUGUACACACGGCGAGGGAUUCCCAUGGGAGAGCUGGUGCUGGCCAGUGAUCCCAACCACAAGCUCUAUGAGUUCACACAGCGUGACCUUGAGCAGAAAAAGGUGUUGUUCAUCCACAGCGGAGUGAGUUUCGGGCGUUUUGUACUUUUUGUUACAGAUGGCAAACAUUAUGUUUCAGCGCUACUUGAGGUGAUGGCUCAGGAUCCCUACCUGCAGGUGGAGAACAACACAGGCCUCAUGCUCCAGCGAGGGGGGAUCACAGCUCUGACUUCGGCCAACCUCAGCGUCAGCAGCAACCUUGACAUUCGAGACCCCCAGGAGGUGACCUUUGAGGUGUUCAUUCCCCCCAAGCGUGGAGUCCUCUGCUUCAACGACGGACAGAAGGAGACCAUCAUCGGAACGGACGCCAUCUCAGUUUUCACCCAGCGUGACCUGAUGGCGGGACGGCUGGCGUAUCAUCACGGCGGAAGCCUGGAACUGUCAGAUGGUUUUGAGGUGACGGCGAGAGCAAGGGAAAGGGUGACGGAAAGGAGACUGGAGAGAGGGAUGAGGGAGGUACACCUGGAUAUAGGAGUGGCAAUAAAAAUUUACCUGGAGAGUCAUCACCGACCGCCAACCGUCAAAAGGAAUCACCUGGUGGUGGUGGCAGAGAAACAGAAUGUUUCUAUAAACAAGGAACAUCUUGAGGUGGUCCAUGAAGACAGUCGGCCUGCAGAGAUAGUUUUCACCAUUCAAAGCCCCCCAAAGCUUGGCGUCCUCCGCAGAUUACCGCCCAAGGACAAACUCAAGAUUGGGAAAGAAGAUCGGCAUCACCUCCAUAAGGUUGUCAGAGAGCAGCCAGCAUUGUCCUUCACCCAGGAGGAUCUCAACCAGGGGUUGAUCAUCUAUCACCAGCAGGUGGCAGGAGGCACCAACGACUCAGUUCUGUUGGAGGCAACCAACGGGGUCACAAAGGUCGGUCCUAUCAGGCUGGAGAUUGACAUCAUACCACUCCUGCUUCCUCUCCAGGUAUCUGACCUGACUCUGGAUGAGGGGUCUUCUCUGCCUCUUACAACCAACAUCAUUAAAGUUGCCAGUCAUCACUUUGCGGGGAUGAAUUUCCUGUACCAAGUCAUUGUUCCACCGAGGUUUGGACACUUGGAGCACAGCAGGAUUCCGGGAAUGCCCAUCACCGCUUUUACCCAGACGGAGGUGGAACAGGAGUACAUCGCGUACGUCCACGACGGCAGCGAAACCCUGACAGACAACUUCACCGUUGUGGCCAACCAGACAGAAACGAGGAAACACAGCCCGCCGUGCACCGUGCACAUCAAUGUCACGCCAGUCAACGACGAAACUCCUGUUGUGACCACAAACCGUGGACUUAAGGUGUGGAUGAAUUCAGUAACAGACAUAACAGUGAAAGAUCUAAGUGCAGAAGACUCUGAUACUCCACCUGAAGGGCUGGAGUUUGUCGUCACGCCACCCAGCAAUGGCUAUUUGGCCUUGAAGACUGCUCCAUCCCGGCACAUUUUAAACUUUACACAAAGCCACAUCCAGAGCAGACAGCUGCUGUUUGUGCACAGCGGUGCGUUAUUGGGUGGUUUUCACUUCCAGGUGAAUGAUGGCGUAAACUUUGCCCAUCGUCAGAUCUUCAGCACGACUGCGUACUCUCUGGUCCUGACCCUGCAGAGAAACCACCGCAUGACUGUCUAUCCAGGUUCUGUGACACCAAUUUCCAAGCAGGAGCUUCAGGUCGUGACCAACAACAUCAGUGACAUCAGAAGAAACCAGUCCAUCGUUUUCGCAGUAACCGCUCCCCCCAAACUCGGUCGCUUGGUCCAACGAAUGCCUGACAACUCCACCAGAGGCAUCCACACGUUUACUCAAAGCAUGGUCAACGAUGGGGUCAUCUUGUACGAUCAAAACAGGCCGGAGUCGGUGGGCUGGUCGGCUACAGACUCGUUUUCUUUUACCGUCUCCUCUCCACCUGCUUUCCUCCCAACGCACUCUUUCACCAUUCUGAUAUCCUACCAAGCCAACGAGCAUCAUGACUUUGUCCACAACAAAACCAGACUACUCAACAACGCAGGUGCUGUGGUGGCUGAAGGAGGCAGGGUGACCAUCGACAGGUCCAAGCUGGACGCCUCAAAUCUGCUGGGAAAAGUUCCGGUAACCCAUCAGAAAGACCACCACGUCAUGUAUCGAGUCAUUUCUCUGCCUCGCCAUGGAAUUCUGUCCAUCCGUGGGCAUAACCUCACCAGGAAUCAGCCGGACUUCUCACAGGUUACCCUGAACAAGUUCGGCAUCACAUACGUCCAUGACGACUCGGAGACAACCAGUGACAGUUUCACUUUCCGUGCCUGGGUGGCCCCCCUUGAUUACUCCUCACUCUCCUCCUCCUCCUCUUCCCUGUCUGCAUUCUCCUCUGAUUCAUCCUCCACCAGCUCCUUCUCUUCCCUGUAUUCCUCCUCAUCCCGGGACCCCGCUUCCCGCCAGCAUGGGCUCAAAGAGAACGUGGCGGUGACAGAGAUGUUCAACAUCACAGUCACGCCAGUCAACGACCACCCUCCACUCAUCCGGAGCAGAGCCCCCAGCAUGAAAGUCGUUGUGGGGGAGAAAGUUGUUCUUGGACCCGACAAUCUCCAGGUAGAGGACCAUGAUACCCCACCGGAGGAGCUACACUAUUUCGUGAUCAGUAAGCCCAACAACGGUUACCUGACGCUGGGAGAAAGACCAGAGCCAGUGACCUCCUUCACUCAGUACGAUGUCAAUCAUGGGCGGCUUCACUUUAUCCAGCAGGGGGAGCCAUCCACAGGGGUUUUCUAUUUCAACGUCACAGAUGGUCACCACCGCCCUCUUUACAAACUUUUUAGCUUGGAGGUGGUUAAACCCUCUGUUUCCAUGGUAAACAACACUGGUCUGUCAUUGGUUCAGGGGCGCACAGCUGUGAUCCUGACAACCAAUCAGCUGGCAGCUCAAACUAACGGCCAGAGACAGGCUAACAUCUCCUACACGGUCACCAAGCACCCUCGGCACGGGCGCAUUGCUAUUAAUGACCAAGAGGUGACCACCUUCCGCCACGAAGACCUGCAAUUUGGACGAGUGGUCUAUCAUAUGACAGAUCUGAGUGAAUCGGAGGACAGUUUUCAGAUCUUAGUGUCGGCGUCCUCUCCUGGUGUUGAUUAUGAAAACGUUCCAAACCAGACGGUAAACGUGACCGUGCGGCCUCUGAUCUACCUCAGGGAACCGGUUAAAGUUCCCAGUGGCAUUGCAGUGAAACUGGGGAAAGCCAUGAUCGAUGCUUCCGAGCUGGCCAGAAUUAGCAGAGCAAACCCAGUUUUUGAGGUUCUGUCUCCACCAAAACACGGGAAACUAGUCAAGAUCACCUAUGACCCCAACAGAGCAUCAGAGGUGCUGAAGUCCUUCACCUUUAGAGAUGUUGUCCAAGGCAGAGUUGCCAUUGAGGAGACUCUCAGUGAUGAUGAAAAUCAGUUCCCCAGCAAUGGCUCCAUGCUCACUAUAACUCAGCGGCGUGCACCGGCCACACCCCUCAACGACUCCUUUGUCUUCUUGGUGAAGGCUGGAAACGUUCAGCCAGCAAAAGGCGAGCUCCACUUCACCAUCUUCCCCCACCACCAGAUGCGUCACGGUCCAGGUGGUUUCACCAAAGUGGAUGGCAGAAGUCACAAACACACAACCGCUAAUGGUCAGAGACACAACAAGACAAGCACAAGAGUUGGGGAGGAGCGCACAGGGCAGGAGGCCAUAGAUGAGGUCUCACGUCCUCAUAUUUUGACGGAUAAGGUCCAGAACAAAACCCAGCGUACCAGAAAGCCUCAGAACCGUCAUGGCAAACGCACACAUACUCAUGGAGGGAGAUCUGGAGGCGUAGCAGAGGGAGCAGGAGAUGGGCAAGGUACUCCUCCAUUGCCUCAUGCUCCUCCAGUCCCAGAGAUUCACCGUCCAGUCAAUCCUCCGGAUUCAGAGCUGAUUCACGUAGAGAUCCUUCCUCGCCCUUCCUCUGACCCACUCCUUAUCAUAUUACCUCUACUCGCCUGCUUGCUCCUAAUUGUAAUUCUCGUGGUUCUGAUUCUGGUGUUCCGCCAUCGCAAGGAGAAGCAGGCCCGGCAGCGGCUCAUGCACGAACUUGCAGCAGUGCAUUUGCCCACAGAGGACAGCCCGUACCUGGGCCGACCAGAGCGGAGCGUGGCAAUGCCCUCAGUGAUGGUCACGCCACUGGGCUCAGCAAGCUGCCCGACCUCCCCGAGGGUAUCUAUGAGUCCAAGGAGAAGUCUGGCCCCCGGAAUGACCUUCUGGGGACCGUUUGAAUCAGAGUUUGCAGGUGUAGACAGGAAUAUAAAAGGCUGUAACAGAAGAGAAAGACACACGGUAACUUGUGGUAGGGCGGUCCCUCUUUCCGUCGCAGGAUUUCAGACCUCUGCUAGAUCUCAGUCCCCAACUUUGAAAGAAAACCAGUACUGGGUUUAAAGGAAGUAAUUCAUGCAUAAACUGUGCCUUAGAGAUGUACAGUAUUUGUGAAGGUCAUAAAGAAGUACUGUGUUUUCUUCUAUAGAGCAUGUGCAGAGAAAUGCGCCUUCAGGGCUUUUAGGUCUAGACCACAGUUGUUUGCGCUGUUUGGGCAGGUCCAAAAGAUUGUCUGAACUAUCGGAUAAUGUAAAAACAAAAAUCUUUAGUUUACUUGCAAGCAAACCUAAAUUCAUCUAGUUUAUAGACAGUUGAUAGUGAUGGACCGCAGCGUUAGGAAGUCUAGCAAAAAAAGGAAUAAAGAGGAAUUGCCUUCACUGUCGCGCAUUUCAGAAUAAAAAACUAAGUUCAUAGUUUGAAUGAGAAGAAAAGUGAAUAGUAGAAGCAGAAUGCCACAACAAUGUGCAGAUUGUGCACAAUCUUGUCCACCCUUGUCCACAAGUCCACCCUCAACAGUGCAGUGUGAAACCAUGGAUGCAUCACGCAACCUGCUUAAUCCCGUUCAGAGUUACUGGGUUGCUGGAGACAAGUCAGCUAUUGUUGGAGAAAGGUCUACUUUGACGAUUUAUUUUUAGUAAAGCACAAGCUGAUUCACCAUGCAUCUUCUAAAUACGAUUAAUCUCUUUUUGCAUCAUAUGGUUGCUGGAGCCUAUCCCGGCUACUGUUGAGCGAAUGCCAAUCCAUUGCAGGGGCACACAGAGAUGGACAACCACACACUCUCAUCCACACUGACUCACUAGUUAGCAGCAGUGUAAGAAUAUGGAGGAAUAGGGCUGUAUGGUGGCGGUUAGGACUCUUGCCUCACAACAAGAGCGCCCUAUGUGUGGAGUCUGCAUGUUCUCCCCUGCCCCCCUGGCACUACAGCUUCCCUCCACCAUCCAAAAACAUGCUUCAUAGGUUAACUGGUGAAUCAAAUUAGUGUGAGCAUUGGUGUAGGAUAGGCUCCAGCAACUCCAGAAGGGAUUCAGCAGGCUCUGAAGACAGAUGGAAGAGAAGUGAUAUAUUUUUGCAUUUGUUGAUGGGCUGGACAGACAAAGCAGACCUUGGAUGAUUAAUGUUAGGUAAUGGAUGUUGCCCCUCACAACCUUGUUGCAGCUGACAGAUAUCUGUUUGUUUGUUUGUACUGUGCAUGCAAAGUAACACUUUCACCCAGCACGGUAACCAGUUUCUCUGCCUAUUUUGCACUUUUUCAUGUUUCAUUUUUGCUCAUUUGUUUCCAUUUGAGCCACUGAGCUCCUGAUAGUGAAAAACAGUGUAAAUAUUUUACAGUGAAUUACUGUUAGCAGCUUCCCAGAUUGUUGGGGGAUUUCAACAAAAUUGUAAACCCUUAAAUGUCUCCCUUUCCUGCCUUUAAUGUCCGUACUCAGUUUUUCCUGAACCUCUGCAUGUGAAUUAUUUUAAUAAAGAAAGAAGAAAAAAGUGGUUAAAGUCAA